UCAUCGAUCACAGAAUGAACAAGGUUCUGAUUGUCGACCAUGCGAAGCGUUACUAUUUGUCUCUUGCUGCUCGCCGCGGCCAGCUGCCUGAUCGGCUCGAGUCUUGACUUGAAUUUGAUCGAUGAGCUGAAUGACGAUUAUGUGGACGUUGAGGAGUCCAGAUUUAUCAGCUUGGUGCACAAGGCUCUCCAGCUGGUGCUGAAAACACUGCGCGGAGUCAACUGCACCAUCAAGGAGGUCGCCGAGACACUGAACGCGACCGCCAAGUAUGUGGACACCAGCGACGCCUGCGGCGUGAGCCUGACCAAAGAUGUGGCUGCCAUUGUCAAGAACUGCACGACCAUCAUCGCCAUCUGCAAUGACAUCAUCCAUAUGCAAAGCAAGCUAUGCGCCAUCCCUGAUGAGCCCAAGUCCAAUGCGUUGUCCCCCAGGAAAUGCUUCUGGCAGGUGCUCAAGGCUGUCGUGAGGCUGGCCAGGACAAUCCGAGCCACCCGCAGGCAGAUCGCCAGUCUACCCUCCGACACCAACUCCUGCUUUGUCAAUGCCACCAGCGAGGUGAAGGCCAGCUACGACAGCUUUGUGCCCAACAUCAAUGCCUACUUUGAUUAGAUGGAAAUCUAAGUGGA